AUUUUCUCUUCUAAACAUGGCAAUAUGAAUUUAAUGCCACUUCAACACGUGUAGUAAAUUGUGACUUUUCCCUGCAAAACAACUUCAAAAUGGAUAAGCUUCUCAUUUUUUUCCCCCUCGAUUCAAUAUAAAUCCUCAUGCAUUCACCACCUCAAAACGCAUCCACACAAUUCAGAAUAGUUAAGCUUGCUUUUCUUGAAGAGAAAAUAUUUGAGUGUUUUUGGAUUAUGGAGAGUUCUGAAAGUAAAUCUGUAAAAGCGGGGAAGGUUUCGGGGUUUGAGAAUCAGCAGCCGGGGGCGGCGUCGCUACCGCGGACGAGCCCGCUGAGGAAGAUCAUCGUAGUGGCAGCCAUCGCGGCAGGAAUUCAGUUUGGGUGGGCUCUGCAGCUAUCGCUUUUAACCCCGUACGUGCAACUGUUGGGUAUUCCUCAUAAAUGGGCUUCUUUAAUAUGGCUCUGUGGUCCAGUUUCCGGUAUGGUGGUCCAGCCCAUCGUUGGGUACAACAGUGACCGGUGCACUUCCCGGUUUGGCCGCCGUCGCCCCUUCAUUGCCGCCGGUGCAGCACUGGUUGCCACUGCGGUGGUCCUUAUCGGUUUCGCAGCAGAUAUCGGCCACCUCUUCGGUGACUCCCUGGACAGGGAAAUGAAGCCACGUGCGAUAAUCGUGUUUAUCAUCGGAUUCUGGAUCCUCGACGUCGCUAACAACAUGUUACAGGGGCCGUGCAGAGCUCUACUCGCGGACCUCUCGGGGAAUAACCAGAAAAAAGUGCGCACCGCCAAUGCUCUCUUCUCCUUCUUCAUGGCUGUCGGAAACGUUCUCGGCUUCGCGGCCGGCUCCUACAGUAAACUCCACAAAAUAUUCCCAUUCACAACCACCAAAGCCUGUGAUAUCUACUGCGCAAAUCUGAAGAGCUGUUUUUUCUUCUCCAUUCUGCUCUUGAUUUUCCUGACUACAAUAGCCCUCACGUACGUACACGAGCAGCCAUGGUCGCCAGAAAAGGUAAAUGCCGGCAAUGAGGAGGAGGAGGCAGGGGAACCGACGCCACCAGUGCCAUUUUUUGGGGAGAUAGUCACGGCUCUGAAGGAGUUGAGAAAACCCAUGUGGGUUCUACUACUGGUGACGUGUCUCAACUGGAUUGCAUGGUUUCCUUUCUUGCUGUUCGAUACGGAUUGGAUGGGGAGAGAGGUAUACGGCGGGCAGUCGCAAGGCGAUAAUCCGGGGUUGAAGAAGGCCUACAACAACGGCGUCCGCGCGGGUGCAUUGGGGUUGAUGCUGAACUCGGUGGUUCUGGGGUUCACCUCCUUGAGCGUAGUGGUUUUAGCUCGUAGGGUUGGUGGUGUCAAGCGCCUUUGGGGUAUCGUCAACUUCUUGCUUGCAAUUUGUUUGGCCAUGACCGUUUUGGUCACCAAAUUGGCAGAGUCCCACCGCCGGUUCGCCACCGUCAACGGCGCUGAAGUUCUCUUGCCGCCUUCUGGGGGAAUCAAGGCCGGUACAUUGUCUCUGUUCGCUGUUCUGGGCAUACCUUUAGCCAUAACAUACAGCAUUCCAUUUGCAUUGGCAUCCAUAUUUUCCAGUACUUCUGGUGCAGGUCAAGGGCUUUCCUUGGGAGUAUUGAAUCUUGCAAUAGUGAUUCCACAGAUGAUCGUGUCUCUAGGGGCAGGACCCUUUGAUGCAAUAUUUGGAGGUGGGAACUUGCCGGCAUUUGUCCUUGGAGCUGUUGCAGCAGCUGCAAGUGGAGUAUUUGCCCUCACCAUGCUGCCGUCCCCUCCACCAGAUGUCCCUGCAGCCAAGGCUGCAGCUGCUGGGUUUCAUUAACCAUAGAGUAGGGUGUCCGAACCAUUUUCCUUGUAUUCUCCGGUCUUUUAGGCAGAGUAUGAUGGUGGUGUGCUAUAGAAUUAGCCAUGCUGGUUGAAAAAGAUUAGCCAGCAUAUCCAUAAGCUGUAAAUGUGGUUAAGAAUGGUAAAAUCAUGUUUAACUAGAUGUUUGUAGCUAGUUAUGCAAAUAUUGUGCGAGUGGGAUGUGCAAGUGGGAGAGUGGUGUUUCUGGACUUCUUGAGCUAACAAAAAAAAAAAAAAAAAAACUUGUGCUCCUGUUAAUUACUAAGGUUUCAUUCGAUAAACUUUGUUGGUGCUU